GCGCAUCUCGAUCUUUCUCUUUUGAAACUAGCAUAGACAAAAUGACCAAGUUGAAGGCUCAUGAAUUACGGGGCAAGAAGAAAGAGGAACUCGUAAAGCAGCUUGAUGAUUUGCGAAAUGAGUUGUCCUCAUUAAGAGUGGCUAAAGUUACUGGUGGAGCUGCCUCAAAGCUCUCGAAAAUAAAACUUGUGAGAAAAUCUAUUGCAAGAGUUUUGACAGUCAUCUCUCAAACACAGAGGGAACACUUGAAAAAAUUCUACAAAACAAAGAAGUACAAGCCACUAGAUUUACGACCAAAGAAAACACGGGCCAUGAGAAAAGCCCUGAGCAAGAGAGAGGCUUCAUUGAAGACCUUGAAGCAGCGCAAGAAGUUGACACACUUUGCCUUAAGAAAAUAUGCUGUAAAGGAAUAAAUUGCAACAAUUGAA